AUGUCGUCGACGCUGCAGCCGAUAUCCCAAGACACGCAGGAGCAGGUGCUCAAGAACCGGAUGGCCAUCGACGACCGGGCGCUGCGACGGCUGAUCAAGAAGUUUUCCAGCAUCCUCUCUUCGUCGGACGCCGAGGCGCUGUCGCUCAACACGGCGUCGUUCCGCGCCGAGGUGACGUCGUACCAGACCUCGCUGCGGCGCCUGCUCUCGAUCUCGUCGUCGACGUGUCCCCGCGAAACGAGCGGAUACGCCGAGGAGCUCGACGAGAUCCUCGCGGCGCAGCGACGCGCGCGCGACGAGAUCGACGAGCUCAAGGCCACCCUCGCCUCUGCCAAGCUCGAACGCAAGCAGAAGCUCGACUACGACAACGUCGCCGCGUCCAUACAGCACCUGCCGCCGCGCCACCAGCUGGGGGCCAGCCUAGAGACCCUCGGCGCCACCCUCGACGGCAUCCGCGAGGAAUCGGCCAACGUCGAUGCCGUCGCGGGCGAGGCGAGGGGGAGGAUGGCAAACGUCGUCGGCCUCCUCGAGAGCUUGGUCAAGGACGUGGGCGACGAGGUCGGGAGGAACGAGAGGAGGGAGGUGCAGAGGGAAGAGGUCGACGGUGAGGCCGACGCCGACGCCGACGCCGAAGAGGCGGAGGGAGAGCCAGAAGCCGAGGCCGAGGCCGAGUCGCGGCGGCGCAGAACCGGCGGCGAGGGCGAGGGAGAAGUUGAGCAGGUCGAUAUGGACACGACCGACGUCGUCGCCUCGUCGUCUGCCCUCCCGCGCAGCGGAAGCACCACCGCGCUCAACGCAGCAGCAGCCCCCUUCCAACCCGGCCCAUCCUCGUCAACGACAACGGGGACGGCGACGGCGGCAGCACUCCCCUCGAAACGUCGAUCCAAGCGCGAACCGGCCAGCGACGAAGAGGGGCAGCUCGACGACCUGCCAUCCUCGUCGUCGUCAUCGACGAACCGCCUCCCCGCAAGCAAAAGGCUCAAACCCGAGUCCAACGUCGUCGACUCGGAGGCCGGAGAAGAGGGCCAGGUCGAGUCGCAGAACACGGCCGCCACCCAUACAGCAGCAGACAGCGAGGAGGAGGAAGGCAGCAUCCAGCCUGUCGUCCGCAACCAAAGGGCCAGACCACAGAGGGGAGCCAGGCGGUGA